AUGUCUUUCGAUCGCUUAAACUCACUCGAGGCCCAGAGCGGGUUCUCUAGAUCCGAAGAUGCCCAGUACCGCGAUGACCCCGGGUUUGACCAACUGGCUGAGUCGCUCUCCGAUCAGUUGUUCACCUUGAAUUCCAACACUGCUCGUCUAACCCACCAAAUCAACCUACUUGGAACAAAGCGGGACACCGAGCGUGUGCGAGAACGGGUACACAAUAUGCUGGAAGAGACUCGAACGGGAUUCAAGGAUGUUGGAGAUGGGUUCAAGAAGAUCCAAACAUGGGAGGAUGUCAAUCCAUUGCAAAAAUACAAACAGCAGAAGCUAUCGUCCGAUUUCAAAGCUGGUCUAGAUGAAUUCCAGACCGUUCAGCGCCGCGCACUGGAGAAACAGCGAGCAUCUGCAGUGGCAGCACGUACCGCUAUAGAAGAUGGCGAGCAAGCACAUGAUAAUACCGAUGUUCAAUUACAGCAGCAACAACAGUUGCAGGAGACCUCCCAACUCGCCAACCAGGGCGAGGUCGAUUUCCAAGAAUCCCUGAUCAUUGAACGCGAGACUGAGAUCCGGAAUAUUGAACAAUCCGUGGGAGAGUUGAACGAACUUUUUAGAGAUGUGGCCCAUAUAGUGACGGAGCAGGGAGGCCAGCUAGACAUAAUCAGCGACAACGUUGAGAAUGUUAAUCAAAGCACUCGUGGCGCGAAUGUGGAAUUGAGAGGAGCCAGUCGCCAUCAGAAGCGAGCCCGGUCGACCGCCGUCUGUCUUCUUCUUAUCUUGGGUGUAAUUCUCACUAUCAUCAUACUGGCAGUCGUGAUCGGAUAG